GUGCCUACUGCUGCCCUCACGGCCAUGCCAUGGAGCGCCUUGAUAAAGCGGCGCUGAAUGCGCUGCAGCCCCCAGAGUUCAGAAAUGAAAACUCUUUAGCUUCAACCAUCAAGACACUCCUGUUCAUCACAGCUUUAAUGAUCACAGUUCCUACUGGGUUGUAUUUUACAACUAAAUCUUAUGUAUUUGAAGGUGCCCUCGGAAUGUCCAAUAGAGACAGCUACUUUUAUGCUGCAAUUGUUGCUGUUGUUGCUGUUCAUGUGGUGCUGGCCCUGUUUGUCUAUGUGGCCUGGAAUGAAGGUUCAAGACAUUGGCGUGAAGGCAAACAGGAUUAAAGUGAACAUCACCUUUUGAUAGCAUGAAAUUUAUUUUUGAAUAUGUUAAGUACUUCUG